UGUUUUGGUUUGGCAUCCGAGAGGUCAUUCUUGAGACACAAAGAAAUCGCGUAAGCCAGUCCAUUUUCUGAUACACUUGUGUUGUGAGCACGUCUUUUGAGAGCUUUGAGGACUUCCAGAAAAAAAAUGGGUCGCAUUUUUCUGGACCAUAUUGGAGGCUCUCGUCUUUUCUCAUGCGCUUCUUGUGAUACGUUCCUCACAAACAGAAGUGAGCUAAUUAGCACGAGAUUCACUGGUGCGACUGGUAGAGCAUUCCUCUUCAAUAAAGUGGUGAAUCUCAACUACAGUGAGGUGCAGGACCGCGUCAUGCUGACUGGUAGACACAUGGUUCGCGAUGUGUCCUGCAAGAAUUGUGAUGCCAAGCUGGGUUGGGUGUACGAAUUUGCCACCGAGGAGAAUCAGCGCUACAAGGAGGGGCGUGUCAUUCUCGAGCGUGCACUCGUAACGGAGAGCGAUGGUAUGGAUGAGCACGUCGGUGACAACUGAUGUGCUGUGAGAACCGUACCACUAAAAGACAUCGUAGCUGGUGGAAAAAGGAAAUAUUGGACAGUGACCGCUAUGUUCACAAAAAACUAAAGAUCCUUAAUCACAGUAAUUAGAUGUCAAAAUUGAAGAAAUGUUCUGCCAGAUGUAUGAUUGGCUGCACUGAACUUCCAAAUAAACUGGUGUAAUCUAAUUCUGUGAUCUGCUACCCGUUGUAACGCUGACGAAGCACUUUACAGAUAGUGCCAAAAAAAAAAAAAAGUUUUUAACAUUUUUAAUAUUUUGGAUUGUCACUUGCCUCUGUGACUAAAAUUAGACAAUAGCUCUACACAGCUUUCACCAAAUUCUUCACACACGAAAUAAGUUGUUAGAGGAGUGUAGAGAAAUUUCUACGCCUCAGCUGAUGGUUUACUGUUUCACUUGCCUAUGCCAGUAUUUGUGUUGUGUGAAAUUUUGCUGACAUCGCAGGAGCUUAGGAAGUCAUCCAGAAAGUCUAAUUACGUAAUUACCAACAUGAUGUGCAAAACAUAUCAGACAUUGUGACAAGUUAUAAAAUGAAUGUUUAAUUUUUAAGAGGCAUUGGUAAUUGGAUGGAACACUAGUUGUUCUAAUAUUUUCAAAUGCCUUUCAAAAUGUUUAAAGUGUAAAUUGCAGUUCAAAAAGAGAAUAUAUUUUUAAUUUGCAUUUGUUUUCAUGCACAACACUUUAACAUAAAAGUUGUUUACGUCCAUUAAGUAUUCAUGGCAUUUGUUGUCACUUGAAGUCUCAUUCUUCAUCAUUUUUACUUUAUGUAUUUUUUUUAAAUAUGUCCAACUGUCCAUACUUCAAGUCACUUUUGGAUCAUUCUUGUUGAAAUAAUUACUCCAAUUAUCAGUCAACAAAUUAAGGUUCAAUAUGCAAUUACUAAAAAACAAAAAAAUUACAUGGUGAAUUGCCUUUUCGUACCACAUAAGAACACUCAAGGAAUAGCAAACAGAUAUGGCAAUAAGGUAUUGGCCUAUGAUGCAGCCACUAAUACAUUAUGCAGUUUGACAAGUAAAGGAAUUAUUUGGGUUUAGAUCAUAGCAAAUUUAGGUGUUAAUAAGAAAUGUAAUUACUUGACAAAGUUGAAUUCUUUUGACUUAGAACUGAUCAACUGUACUUAUGAGAUGACUGGGCACACAUUUACAUUUUUUAUUUCCACCUGCUUGUACUUGUUUUGCCAUCAUCAUAAUGUCUGAUAACAUAGUUCAAUUAAAAUGGGUUGGUUAAAGGAUAACCUAUGUUCACUGAACAUCCUAAAAAAAACUUUACAUACAUUGUUUUUUCGGAAUGAUUGAGUUGAAAGAAAUUUGUUCCUGAUUUUAGUGAAAGGGCUUAUAGUUUUUCUUUUUUCUGCCAUUUUUUAUAUCAAAGCUAGAAGAAAGACACCACCUGAGCUAUUUUUGAGGUCAUGGAAUGCUGCAGUUAGAAUGUCUGUUCAUCUUAGAAAUGUUGGGCACCGUAGACUGUGAACAAGCACACAAUCGCGAGUCUUUCUUUUUACAUUAGUCCCAUUAAGUUGCUGGACAGUACCCCAUAAAUGUCUGUCUGUGACUACACAUACUUUCUGAGAUGCUUCUUAUCCUGCCUACUUCUCUUGUCUGUCAUCCCCUUGUUUCUGUCACAGUUUUUGGUGUGAGAGUGAGCGAUUUCUUAGUGUCUCAUUUUUAAAAUUGUCAAUUUUCUUCCAUUUUACACUGCAGCAGCUGAACUUGGAUGAACACUAAAACAAUGACCAACUGGUUUACAAUACAAUUAUCAUUACUUUUUAAAAUUUACCCUUAAUUUGCAUGUAGAAGUGACACAAAAACUGACCUUCACACGAGUUGAAGGUAAUUUCUUGUGAUGUGUGUAGAAAAUGUCCAUCCUUGCUGCAUUUUCAAAUGUGUGUGAGGUAAAACAGUCUUUGUUGAAAAGAAAUUGUUUUUAAGAAUAUUUUGUAAUUUAGGAUUGUGCAAUGUUGUGUUGAGAUUUUUUGUACAUUUUAUUAUUAAACAUGUGGACCAUACAGCCACAGGAAAUCUGUUGAAUCAUAACUUUCAAGUGGUUAUUACUUAUAUUAAAGAAUUUAAUAUUCUUCCAUAUAACUGCCAUAAGGUAUCAGAUGGCACAUAUUUAAUUAGAAUGAGUGUUCUUAUGUUUAAUGUGAUAUUAACUAUAGAAAUAUGAAUGCUGUAUUUUGAGAAUGACUUUCAGAUUGUGUACAUAAGAGGUGACAGAAAUAAAAGGGAAACCUUUUUUUCUUUGGUGUGUUGUCUUGUCAGUCUGUGAUGCAUCUUUUUAAAGAUUAGUAUAAAGUAAGAGCUCUUGUGAAGGCCUCCCUUGGUACCAGUUCUCCCAGACCUGUGUGCAAGCACGUUUAUGCUAUCAGAGGAGAUCAAAUUGCUUUUUCUCUUGCACUGCCACUGCUGAGAAUAUAACUGCAGGCAUUUUUAAUGAAGUUAGGCAUCCGUACUUUGAUAAAAGUUUAUUUUCACACCAAUUGUUAUUGCAGUGUACAGAAAAGACCAGUCUCAAAAGUUCUUAGUGGUAACACAAUUGACCACCCAUAUAAACUUCCAUUAAAGCCAAUUAUUAGGACAAGCAUAUUAUUAAAAAAAAUGUGUUUACAUUUGAUAAACAAUCCAAUUAUGAUGUCUGAAAACUGACACCAACUACACUGUAUUGGAAAUGAGUUUGCAAACAGCAAGAAAAAUUUACUUCCAAAGACAUGUAACUUCCUACGUGGAAUGUUUCCAUCUAUUACCACAUCUUUGGGAGUUAUGACCGAGUCCAAAAGCUGUUUCAGGGAGGUAAUGAAUGAUGUUUCCAUAGCCACUGUGAAAAUAUUUUUCAUCCACGUAAUCAGCCUGAAGAUUUUAAACCACCAGCUCAAAUGUUUCAAUGCUCAUUUGUACAUACAGCCAAAGUUUACAUCAGUUGCUCAUUAUUGUAUUUUAAGAUUUUUUUACAGUUUCACUGCAACCAUACUGAGUGUUGAUUUCUUUGUUGUGAUCAUACCUCCAUUUUGUAGUUAGUAUCCCACAGAUACUUAUUUCUCACUUUGCUAGACACUGAGAAAAUGGUCUGUUAUUCUGUGUCAUUGAACUUCAGUUGGCUUGGCUAUUUGCCCACAGAUUUAGUUAAAGCAUGGGAACACUGCAAGUGAAUAAAAACAUUGUGUGUCUGCAGAAAUGUCAGUGAAAUUUCAGCAGUGGGACCACGAAGCUAUUUGUUAGCACCUCAUAUAGAAUCCAGUGCAAUGGAUUUCAUGAACACGACAGUGACUUGCAGUUGCAACAAAAAAAUACCUGAACUGAAAAGUAACUGGUUCCAAGUUUGGCAGUCUUACAAAAUAAUAAAAAUGAACAAUAUACAUUUAUGUACUUUAUCUAUAUAGAAUGUAAGUGAUAUUUGUAACUGUAGAGUUGUUAUACUAUGUACCUUGAAUUUGUAAAGUACAAAAGAGAUAAUAAAAUUUACUCAAUAAAACAUUU